GGAAAUGCAAAGGCAAGUGGCAGAUACAUGCGUGCUUUGGCGGUAACGGCAAACGAUCGGACCCCAACAUGAGCCAAGAUACAGAACUCCCGGCCAGCCUACUUAAGACGGUCCUGAUAUCUGACGCCCAGAAGCUCAACAGAAUGUUAUCUCAGGAGAACGAGGCCCUGCCAGAUGAGGCCUCUCAGCCAGCCUACCCCUACGACGACACCGUCUCGAAGAACGACUACGAUUACAACCAACAGCUCAACAGGAUCACGCCAGAGAUCAGGAACCUGCGGAAGUACCUGGAGGCUUUGAAAAUCCAACAUGCCUUGAGAGAAAGCGGCGACGACCUGAUUUGACCGGACAGGAGUCGUUGAGCGACGGACACGAUAGGUCAGCCAAUCAAAUCUCACAGCCGCACCACGUGACUUCCUCGUCGCUAGUUUCGUGUCCAGGUUUUUCUGGCCACUCAUUUCAAAAACAAAUAAAGUAUCAUUUUAAUGCGA